AUGAUCAAAAUUGUAUCCCACAUCUUGUGGACUUUGAGUAAUAAAAAGGUAUUUUCCCUUAAAAAACCAACACACCUUUACUUCUACUUCCACGACACUGUAAGCGGCGCAUCCCCGUCGGCGGUGCGGGUCCGGACCCGUCGUCGCGGACCUUUUUUUGGGGAUGGUGAACGUGAUGGACGACCCGCUGACCGAUGGCCCGGAGCCCGGCUCGGCGGCCGUGGGCCGCGCCCAGGGCCUGUACAUGGGGGCGGACCAGGCGGAGCUAGGCUUCCUGCAGACCAUGAACCUCGUGAGCUGGGCGAGAUGCCCGUUGUUGGCGGCACCGGUGCCUUCCACUUCGCCCAUGGGUAUGCGCAGGCCCGGACCCACUGGCUCGACUUCGAGACUGGCGACGCCACCGUCGAAUAUGACGUCUAUGUCAUGCACUAG